GCCGCGUUUCCGCCGGAAGCGGCGCGGCGCCCCCGGAAGCGGUCGCCGGCGCGGCGGAAGCGGCGCGGCGCGGCCAUGGGCGCCUCCAAGAAGCACCGGGAGCGCGGCGGGGCCGAGGCUGGUGCCGAGGAGGCCCCGGCGGCAGCGGCCCCGGCCCCGGCGGCGGCCGCGGCGGGGGGAGGCGGGAGCGGCAGCGGCAGCAGCGCGGCGGGGCGGCCCCGCGAGCACCGCAAGCACCGGCACCGCGGCGGCGAGCGGCGCGGCAAGCGCAGCCGCUCCCGGGGCGAGCGCGGCGGAGGCGGAGGUGGCGGCGGCGGCGGCAGUGGCGGCUCGUCGCGGCGCGGCGGGGCCGAGGAGCCCGGGCGCGGCGGCGGCAGUAGCAGCGGCGGCGGCGGCAGCGGCCAUGGCCGCGGCGGGGCCGAGUCCGACGCGGGGCGGCGGGGCAAGAGGGAGCGGCGGGACGAGCGGGACGAGCCCGCCGCCGCCUCCAAGACCACCGCGGGCGAGUCGUCACUCAGCGUCGAGGAGACCAACAAACUCCGCGCCAAGCUGGGGCUGAAGCCGCUGGAGCUCUCCGCCGUGAAGAAAGAAGCCGGCACCAAGGAGGAUCCCGUGGCAGCCGACGUCGUCAACCCGCUGGUGCAGCGGCAGCGGGAGGAGAUCCGCGAGAAGCUGGCGGCCGCCAAGGAGAAGCGACUGCUCAACCAGAAGCUGGGCAAGGUGAAGACGCUGGGCGAGGACGACCCGUGGCUGGACGACGCGGCCGCCUGGAUCGAGCGCAGCCGCAAGCUGCAGCAGGAGAAGGAGCUGGCGGAGAAGAGGGCCAAGCUGCUGGAGGAGAUGGACCAGGAGUUCGGCGUCAGCACGUUGGUGGAGGAGGAGUUCAUGAGGCGGAAGCGGGACCUGUACAGCUCGCGGGACCUGCAGGGCCUCACGGUGGAACACGCCAUCGAGGCCUUCCGCGAGGGCGAGACCGUCGUCCUCACGCUCAAGGACAAGGGGGUGCUGGAGGAGGCGGAGGACGUGCUGGUGAACGCGGCGCUGGCCGAGGCGGAGCGGGCCCGGCGCGGCCUGGAGCUGCGGCGCCGCAAGCCGGGCUACGACCCCUGCCAGGAGCCCGACGGCCCCCCCGCCGAGAUGCUGCCGCAGUACGCGGAGGCGCUGGGGGCCGCCCGCCCCCCCUCCUUCCGCCUGGCCCCCGGGGGGGCCCCGGCGCCCCCCCCACCCCCGCCGGGGGGGCCGCGGCCCCCGGGGCCGGCGCAGAGCCUGGCGCUGCCCCCCCCCCGCCUGGCCCCCGAGUACCUCGCCCCCCACGAGGAGGCCGUGGCCUUCCGGAAGACGCGGCGCCGCGUGCGACGGCUCCGGCGCAAGGAGAAACCGCUGCGGGCCGACGACCUGCUGCCGCUGGCGCCCGGGGACACGCGCGGGGACUUCGGCUCCAGGUCGCGGGGCCGGGGCCGGCGGGCGCCCGAGGAGCAGCAGCAGGAGGGGGGGGAGGAGGAGGAGGAGGACGGGGGGGGCGCGGCGGGGGGGGAGGAAGGGCAGGGCCCGGCCCCCCCCGCGGCCCCCCCCGGCGGCCCCCCCUCCGACGACACCCGCGUCGAGAGCAUGGACAUCAGCAGUGAAGAGGAGGCCCCCCCCGGCUCGCCGGCGGCGCUGGAGGAGGACGAGGCCGAGCAGGAGCUGCAGAAGCAGCUGGAGAAGAGCCGGCGCCUGCGGCAGCUGCAGCAGCUGCGCGAGGCCGGCGGCGAGCAGCGGGGGCCCAGGCGUCCGGGCGCCGCUGACCCCCCCGCGCAGGUGCUGGAGCUGGUGCAGCGGCGGCGGGGGGCCGCGGGGGGGGCCGGGGCGGACGCCCGCGCCGGCGCCAUCGUCUUCAACGCCACCUCCGAGUUCUGCCGCACCUUGGGCGAGAUCCCGACCUACGGCCUGGCCGGCAACCGCGAGGAGCAGGAGGAGCUCAUGGACUUCGAGCGGGAGGAGCGGCGCUCGCCCGCCGGCGCCCCGGACUCGGACGGCGAGGAGAACGUGGGCUGGAGCACCGUCAACCUGGCCGAGGAGCGGCAGCAGCAGGACUUCUCGGCCUCCUCCACCACCAUCCUGGACGAGGAGCCCAUCGUCAACCGGGGCCUGGCCGCCGCCCUGCUGCUCUGCCAGAACAAAGGGCUGCUGGAGACGACGGUGCAGAAGGUGGCCCGGGUGAAGGCCCCCAACAAGUCGCUGCCCUCGGCCGUCUACUGCAUCGAGGAUAAGAUGGCCAUCGACGACAAGUACAGCCGGCGGGAGGAGUACCGCGGCUUCACGCAGGACUUCAAGGAGAAGGAGGGCUACCGGCCCGACGUCAAGAUCGAGUACGUGGACGAGACCGGCCGCAAGCUGACGCCCAAGGAGGCCUUCCGCCAGCUCUCGCACCGCUUCCACGGCAAGGGCUCGGGGAAGAUGAAGACGGAGCGCAGGAUGAAGAAGCUGGACGAGGAGGCGCUGCUGAAGAAGAUGAGCUCCAGCGACACGCCGCUGGGCACCGUGGCCCUGCUGCAGGAGAAGCAGAAGGCCCAGAAGACGCCCUACAUCGUCCUCAGCGGCAGCGGCAAGAGCAUGAACGCAAACACCAUCACCAAGUGAACGACGCUGGACGGGGCCCCACACGCGUGUCCAUGGACCAACACGCAUGUCCACGGCUCCACAUGCGUGUCCUGGCGUGUGCACACGCGUGUCCCCGCCCUGUACCCCCCCUCCGGCCCCCGGGGGGGCAAUAAAGACCUGGCCUCAA